AUGCCGAACCACCAGGGAGACUCGAGUCUCGCGACCAUCUUUCCCGCAGCCUCACCUCAGCAGAUGGUGGCAGCGGAUGAAGUGUUCAACACGCCAGAGCUUCUCGAGAUGAUUCUCAUGCAGCUUCAAGAUACCCACUCCGUACUCAAGCAUGCUUCGCUCAGUCGAGCAGCCCAAGAGAUUAUCCUCGAGAAAUGCGGCCGAGACUUGCGCUGGGUCACCUACUUGCAACCCGUCAACAACAAGAAGGGCCGAGAGACUUGGCUUGUCGAGAAGGGGAGUGAGCACAUCAUCAUCGUGGAUCAGAGCUACGCCGUCCAGUGGAAAGAUCGUAAGGUCAAGAUGCUGCAGCGACCAGUGGUUCUCAAUCCAACCCUCUGCCAGGAUAAGUACUACAACCGUGUGCGAGGACAAAGGCGACUAUCCUUGACUACUGAAGUCGUCGAGAUCCACCCGUUCGUCAAGAACCUCAUUAUGCACAACACGAAGAAGGACGUGGACGAGUUCCUCGCCACAUCCUUCGCCAAGAUGCUGGUCUGCCAGCCACCGACUAAGACCUUCCUCAUUGACUGGUAUCAAGAGUACGACAAUGAUGCAGUGUACGGAGGAGGAUAUGGAAGCAGCGGCGCUUACCCUGUUCGCAACGACGCCGGUGUAAGACUCAGCGACAUCCUCGACGGCAUCCGAAUCCUCAAGCGGAGAGGUGUCACCAUCAAAGACUUUCGUAUCCCCGGUGUGCUCUUCCUGUCUCACAGAGACUGGGAAUCUAUCAGCCUUAACGCCACUGCGGUACCCCUGGCCGCAGCACCAGAUUGUCAAAUGCCUCGGACUGUUCUGCGCUCUGGAGACAAGUUCACGCUGCACGAUCUCUUCACGCGCUCCAUACAACGACCGGAAACCCUAGACCGACCGGCAAUUCUACCCCAGGUUCUGUGGUGUCUAUCGCUCUCUGAUGCACGCGAAGUGCGGCUGGUCAACAGACGGCUCGCUCGAUAUCUUGCUGGCUUCCAUCCUGCUUUCCUCGGAAGUUGGAGGAUGCUGACCCAGGGUAGCUCUGGAGACAGCAACGACUGGACCACCGUCAACUCUGCGAACCCAAAGUACGGCUCUGCUACUACAGGCGCUGUCGCGACCCAUUCUGCCAACCCUGGUCUCGCUCGAAAGAGCUUGGAUCAGGGUACCGUGAUCCAUCUGCGUCCCAAGAGAGGCAACCGUGUUGUGGAUUCGGUGCAUCCGCAGCAUGGCACUACUGAUACGGGUGGCUCUGCUAUUACCUCUAUCAAGGGAAAGAAGCUUGGACGAGUCACCAACCGGUUCCAGUACCUACGACUGGACGGGAGGCAAGAGAACGGAGAGGAUGAGACCCAGAAGGACGAGAGCAAGAACGAGCAGCAGGGUAACAGGGACCACGAGAAUCCAGGGAAAUCGAACAAGGGCAGGGCUGAAGAUCCGAACCCGCUGCACAGAGGGCAGCGAACGUGGAGCUGGCGGACUGGCUGCUGUUCAAGCCGUCGGGUGACUGCAGGGCAAAAGCAAUGA